AGUCAGCCCUAGUGGUUAUAACCUGAUGUUUCUUGCAAGAAACAUUGAUCUCUACUUGUUCUACUUUUCAGCUGCACGAGUCCGCCAUGAAGAGAAGUCUCGGUCUCUCUGAUUAUCUUUGGGCCUGGACCCUCCUUCUGAGCACAGUGACUGGAAGAAGUUAUGGACAACAGUCAUUACAAGAUGAACUCAAAGACAAUACUACUGUUUUCACCAGAAUUUUGGACCGACUCCUAGAUGGUUAUGACAAUCGCCUGAGACCAGGAUUGGGAGAGCGUGUCACAGAAGUGAAGACUGACAUCUUCGUCACCAGUUUCGGACCCGUUUCAGACCAUGAUAUGGAGUAUACAAUAGAUGUAUUUUUCCGUCAAAGCUGGAAGGAUGAAAGGUUAAAAUUUAAAGGGCCCAUGACGGUUCUCCGGUUAAAUAAUCUAAUGGCGAGCAAGAUCUGGACUCCAGAUACCUUCUUUCACAAUGGGAAGAAGUCUGUGGCACACAACAUGACCAUGCCCAAUAAACUCCUGCGGAUCACGGAGGAUGGUACCUUGCUGUACACCAUGAGGCUGACGGUGAGAGCUGAAUGCCCAAUGCAUUUGGAGGACUUCCCUAUGGAUGCCCAUGCCUGCCCACUAAAAUUUGGAAGUUAUGCUUAUACAAGAGCAGAAGUUGUGUAUGAGUGGACCAGAGAACCAGCACGCUCAGUGGUUGUAGCAGAAGAUGGGUCACGUCUAAACCAGUAUGAUCUUCUUGGACAAACAGUAGACUCUGGAAUUGUUCAGUCUAGUACAGGAGAAUAUGUUGUUAUGACCACUCAUUUCCACCUGAAGAGAAAGAUUGGCUAUUUUGUUAUUCAAACAUACUUGCCAUGCAUAAUGACUGUUAUUCUCUCCCAAGUCUCCUUCUGGCUUAACAGAGAGUCUGUACCAGCCAGGACUGUCUUUGGCGUAACAACUGUGCUCACCAUGACAACAUUGAGUAUCAGUGCCAGAAAUUCCCUUCCAAAAGUGGCUUAUGCAACUGCCAUGGACUGGUUUAUUGCAGUGUGCUAUGCCUUUGUCUUUUCGGCUCUGAUUGAGUUUGCCACUGUGAACUAUUUCACCAAGAGAGGUUAUGCAUGGGAUGGCAAAAGUGUGGUUCCAGAAAAGCCAAAGAAAGUGAAGGAUCCUCUCAUCAAGAAAAACAACACUUAUGCUCCCACAGCAACCAGCUAUACCCCUAAUCUGGCAAGGGGUGACCCUGGCUUAGCCACCAUUGCUAAAAGUGCAACAAUAGAACCAAAAGAAGUGAAACCGGAGACAAAACCACCAGAACCCAAGAAAACCUUUAACAGUGUCAGCAAAAUCGACCGACUGUCAAGAAUAGCCUUCCCGCUGCUAUUUGGAAUCUUUAACUUGGUCUAUUGGGCGACAUAUUUAAACCGAGAGCCUCAGCUCAAAGCCCCCACCCCACAUCAAUAGGUCUGUGUACCCAUGUUGUUCAGUCCGCCAUGCUGGGAAUUGCUUUCUGUUCUCAAUGCAGUGAUUCCCAUCUGCUUUAUUGCCUCUGUCUUAAGAAUUUGAAGGUUCCCUUAUUUGCAUAAUUCAUACAAGAACAACAGACCCCUGUCUGGCAGUCCAGAGCAAAACAGAGCAUACAGCUGAGAGACAGGAUUCUGAGAUAGAGAGAGCUCCAGAGUGAAAUCUAAACAAAGGAGACAAAACAAGAAAGAGGAAAAGAGGGGGAAGUAGGUUCAAAGAUAUGAGGAAAAGUAGAGGAAAAAUAAAAACUGUAACUCCAGGUCAUUUGUAGAUAUAUAUUUCCAAAUAGUCUAAAAAAAAACUGUAAAUGUCAAAAUAUUUUUAUGGGAAGGUAUUUAAAAGAGUAAAUUAUUAAAUGUUUAACAAAGCAAGAUUUUUAAAAAUCUGUAUUGCACAAACUAUGGUAUGUGUACAUUUUUUUUUUGUUUUUAAACUGUUGUGUAGCUUUAACAUUUCAUUUCCAAAGCUGAAAAUCCCCACUCUUUCUCUUUUUAAAAAUGUCUAAUACAUUAUUUUGUUGUUAAAUGUUAUUUUAAAUUCACAGAAAUUGCAUAGGCAAAGAUGCAAUUUCUCACUGUAGAACACAUUUAAUCUAAUGGAGAGAAAUACUUUAAAUAGGCUAUUUUGCUAUCAUCUGAGCUUUUACACUAGACUCCAUGAGAAAUCAUUUGAACAAAGACUUUCACUCAAUUAAAGAUAAAGUAAAAUAAUUGAAAAUGAUUUUCUUCUCCACCCUAUUUCCAGAUAGCACAUGGUCACAAUAAUCACUUGAUUCUUAUUAUGAAGAUGUUUUUAGAGGGGCAAAAAUAUUUUGCAAGCUCUAGAAUUGUUGAAUGUAUUAUUUUAUAUAACAAUACAUUAAAAGCUUUUAGAUUGAAAUUUAUGACUAGUAAACAAAAAUAGAAUAUAUAAAUUAUAUAUGUAAAUAAACAGCAUGAGAUUGUACAUUUUUUACUUUUUUUAAAGUUAAGUUCUUAAAAUAUUGUGUAGGACUCACCGCUCUUUGCUGUUAGAAUGUUGUUAAGUGCUAAGGAUAUACAUUUGGAGCCUGCAUUUAAGAACAGAACAGUUUAUAAAAAUCAUAUGGAAAUGAAAAAUAAAUGGGUAUGACUAUGUGAAGAAAAUUUACCAUCUCAAAUUGUUGUCCUGCCCGGUGUACAGUAGCAAAUCAGUUGCUAUCUGCUCAACUCAUGCUGCAUUCCCCAAUUUUAGGCUCUUGUAAUAUAGAAAGUGGAAAGCAUUAGUGAGAGCUAGAAAAUCAACUGUAUAUUAUGCUAUCUUUGCUGAUACCAACUAUUUCAAUAAGUGUUGUACCAUAUGUAGCAUUAAAUAUAAAAAUACAUGAAAGAAUGUACAGGAAAUAGCUUUUAUUGAGUAAUAUUAUUACAUUUCAUUUAUACUGUAGCAAUACAUUUGUAGGUAUACUAUGUAAGGGCUUUAACUACAAGAGAUUCAUAAAUAUACCCUAUGAAAAUUCUAGUUUGUUUCAUUACUUCCCAGAUGUUUUAGAAAUAGCUAUUUAUGCAGAAGGUAUUUUUGAAGUCUCCUUUUGUCUGAUAGAGUUUCAGAGACAUUUAAAAUUAGUGUCCAGAAUCUACAGGUCAUGGUUUAAACAUAUUUAGAAUAGUACAAAAUAAACCUGUCAGCAUAUUUGCCAAAUAAGACAGUUGGGAUCCACACCUAAGUUUUGGGCAAUGUUUUUCUCAAAAAGCUGCUAUCCAAUGACGUAGGAAAAUACACUGUUUGUAGUUUCCUAAACAAACUCUGGUUUUCUUUUUCAAUGUGCUUUAUUGUUUGAUUUGGUCCUGCCUAAAUUUGAUGAGCUAGGCUAAUGGUUGAACCUAGAAAGUUUCAUCCUCUGGUAUCAUGUGUAGAUAUCAUGUAUAGAAAAUGAAAUAAAAAAAAAUGGCUC